UUUCCUGAGCACAUACUGUUGAGGACACAGGUGAACAAAAUGGAGGUUAGUGAGAUUAUUGAUUGGUGCAGAGAGAAAGGUGUUGAGUUGGACAGGGUUAUCAUUCUGAGCAACGUACCUGCAGAUUGUGAAGACAGAGUAGUUUAUGGAGUGCUGGAUGCUGCUCUGGGAAUGAGGAAAUGCAAAGUGAUUGGUCGCCUCUUUGAUAAGACUAAGCGACAGCAGUUUCUUCUGAUUGAGACAGUUAGCAAGGUUUCUGAGAUGUCUAUACCGGCAGAGCUCGGAGGACCUGAAGUAGGUACCUGGUACACACAGGUUGUGCAUGUUGCAGCUGAAGCAUCUAAACACAGUAAGGAAGAUGAGUUUCAGACUAAGCUGAUGUCUUUUCUUCAAGCAGAGGGAAAGUCGCUAUCUGACAUUCCAAGUCUGGCUUCCUCUACACCUGUGCUUGACACUAAACUGGUUGAUGCCAUAAACUCCCUUGUUUAAACAUGUCAUGUGGCUUCAUCUGAGGAGAGAGCUGGAUAUAGGAAGUUGCGUCCCUUCUCUGGGUUCAUUCCCACUCCCCAUGGAGAGGAUGAGUAUGAGGUCUGGGUGGAGCAGACUACUCACAUUCUGGAAGCGUGGCAG